CUUUCCACCCACUCUCUGAGCAAUGCUCCGGCGGGACAGACUUUUGGCCCAGCCCCUUCUUGGCGGACCCUUGUGUUCCCACCCCACUAUGCAGCCCUGUCCCACUCCUUCACUUCGUAUACUUUCCCUCACCCUGGUACGAGCCCUGAAUUAUCACCCCUGGCCCUCCACCCUUUCCUCCUGAGCCUCCUUUUCUGGCUCUGGCCCGCUAUCCUCCAGUCUUGCCGUGUCCCUGCUGUCACUCGCUUGCUCUUACCUCUCAGUCCGCCCAGUUUUCCUUUUCACCUCUGCACCAGCCACCUCUCUCCCUAGAAAUGCCCUUUUCUGGUCACCUCACUUAGAGCUCUUUCCCUGCCAGGAACGUCCAAAUUGCUCCUUUCUCUCGACUUCUCUGUCCAUAAUCUAAGGUUUCUUCCAAGGUACACUCCACCUGGUAUCCAGCAUCCUCCUUCUCUUCUUCAGUCCCAACUGUAAAACUCUUCAUUGAUGGCAAAUUUGUUGAAUCCAAAAGUGAUAAAUGGAUUGACAUCCACAACCCAGCCACUAAUGAGGUUAUUGGUCGGGUCCCUCAGUCCACCAAGGCUGAAAUGGAUGCAGCCAUUGCUUCCUGCAAGCGUGCUUUCCCUGCAUGGGCAGACACAUCAGUGUUGAGCCGGCAGCAGGUCCUGCUCCGCUAUCAACAACUUAUUAAAGAAAACUUGAAAGAAAUUGCCAAGUUAAUCACAUUGGAACAAGGGAAGACCCUAGCUGAUGCUGAAGGAGAUGUAUUCCGAGGCCUUCAGGUGGUCGAGCAUGCCUGUAGUGUGACAUCCCUCAUGUUGGGAGAAACUAUGCCAUCCAUCACCAAAGACAUGGACCUUUAUUCCUAUCGUCUGCCCCUGGGAGUGUGUGCAGGCAUUGCUCCAUUUAAUUUUCCUGCCAUGAUCCCCCUUUGGAUGUUUCCCAUGGCCAUGGUUUGUGGGAAUACUUUCCUAAUGAAACCAUCAGAGCGAGUCCCUGGAGCAACUAUGCUUCUUGCUAAGCUGCUUCAGGAUUCUGGUGCCCCUGAUGGAACACUGAACAUCAUCCAUGGACAACAUGAAGCUGUAAAUUUUAUUUGUGAUCAUCCGGACAUCAAAGCAAUCAGCUUUGUGGGAUCCAACCAGGCAGGAGAGUAUAUCUUUGAAAGAGGAUCAAGACAUGGAAAGAGGGUUCAAGCCAACAUGGGAGCCAAAAACCAUGGGGUAGUCAUGCCAGAUGCCAACAAGGAAAAUACUCUGAACCAGCUGGUUGGAGCAGCAUUCGGAGCUGCUGGUCAGCGCUGCAUGGCUCUUUCAACAGCAAUCCUUGUGGGAGAGGCUAAGAAGUGGCUUCCAGAGCUGGUGGAGCGUGCCAAAAAGCUGAGGGUCAAUGCAGGAGACCAGCCUGGAGCUGAUCUUGGCCCUCUGAUCACUCCCCAGGCCAAAGAGCGAGUCUGUAAUCUGAUUGAUAGUGGAACAAAGGAGGGAGCUUCCAUCCUUCUGGAUGGGCGAAAAAUUAAAGUGAAAGGUUAUGAAAAUGGUAACUUUGUUGGACCAACCAUCAUCUCAAAUGUCAAGCCAAAUAUGACCUGUUACAAAGAAGAGAUUUUUGGUCCAGUUCUUGUGGUUCUGGAGACAGAAACAUUAGAUGAAGCCAUCAAGAUCGUAAACGACAACCCUUAUGGAAAUGGAACUGCCAUCUUCACCACCAAUGGAGCCACUGCUCGGAAAUAUUCCCACCUGGUCGAUGUGGGACAGGUGGGAGUGAAUGUCCCUAUUCCAGUGCCUUUGCCAAUGUUCUCAUUCACUGGUUCUCGAUCAUCUUUCAGGGGAGACACCAAUUUCUAUGGCAAACAGGGCAUCCAGUUCUACACUCAGCUAAAGACCAUCACUUCUCAAUGGAAAGAAGAAGAUGCUACUCUUUCCUCACCUGCUGUAGUCAUGCCUACCAUGGGCCGUUAGAACUAAGUUUCUCUAAGACUCAGUUGUCCUGAGAAAUCUCCCUUCACUCUUGACCGACUUCAUUUGUCAACUUUGCUCAGAUCAGAUGCUUGGGAUUAGAAUAUGUUGUUGUUCAACUCUUUCUCAGGACUCUUGGCCCCUUCAAAUUUGCUGUUGGGAGACCCCUAGUGUAACACUAACUUGCUCUUCUUAUUUCUGCUUUGAAGGCAACUCUUGUAACUAUAAUGCUAUCUGGAAUAAGAGCUUAGUUUUCUGUUUUCUAAAACCUUUUCCUCUUUUCUUAAUGACCCGAAGGAGGGUAAGGUCAGUGAAGAACCCUUGGAUGAGAAAACAGGACAGAACUAGUUCAUGAACCUCUUGUGGAGCUUUAAACACAGCCCUUCAUCAGUGCCAGUGGGCAAAACCCCUCUGCCAAGAUUUCCUGAGCUGCUUGCCCAUUCCCUCACUACAUAGGUAUAAUCCAUUUCUAUUUAUCCUAACAAUGUGAUCACUGCUUUCUUUUCUGCUCAAUGCCACUUUGUUGUCCCUGUGAUUCAUGACCACUAAUUCUAUAAUUGUUCUGGUUCCUGCUUCUUAAAAUCAAAUCUCAAGAAUACCUCAGUGUACAAUGGAUAAAUCAAUGUUUUAUGUGCCAAAUGUUAAUUGUCAGAGUUACUUCAAUCAUUUAUCAGUACUUCAGUCAUUAAUUCAGAUGCAAUAAUUUUCUUAGAAAAUUCUUUCAAAAGUUAUUUUAGACCCAGAAAUCAAGGAGGGUUCCACCCACAAAACCAUGUUAGAUUCUUGCCUUAAACAAGUCAUAUAUUCUAUUAUUUGCCAAUUUUUUAAAAAAAUAUAUUUUAUUUUAUUGGUACCAAACAUUAAACACAGGGGUGCUUAACCACUGAACCAUGUCCCCGGUAUUUUUAUUUUUUAUUUUGAGACAAGGUCUUACUAAGUUGCUUAGCACCUUACUAGGUUAGUGAGGCUGGCUUUGAGCUUGCAAUCCUCCUGCCUCAGCCUCCUGAGUCACUGGAAUUACAGGCAUGUGCCAGCCACCAUACCUGGCUUACCAAAUUUUAUAUAUUACUCUUUCUUUUUGCCUGGAUUUCUCAUUAGUGAUACUUUUUACUGAGAGAACUCCUCAUGUGAUUGAUUAGGGCCUAAUAAAUUUCUAAAUUUUUCAUUACUUAAAAUAGUGAAGAAGAAAUGCUUUGACAGUCUUCGGUUAAUUCAGCUGCCUUUAACCUUUGUUUCUUUGAUAUGUCUUUUUGUUUUUUUUGGUGGCAGAUGGGAUUGAACCUAGCGAUACUUUACCACUGAGCUACAUCCCCAGUCCUUUUUAGUUUUGAUUUUGAGACAGGGUCUUACUAAGUUGCUGAGGGUCUUGUUAAAUUUGGGGGGCUUGGCUUAAACUUGCAAUCCUCCUGUCUUGUCCUCCUGAGUCCAACAGGCAUGUGCCACUAUAUCUAAUCUUGAAAUUAGAAUUGAAGUUAAUGUGCUCUCUGAACUAGGGGAAGACUUCUGGCUCUGAUGGCAUAAUCCCUUAGCCAGAUGGUAUCAUUUAUUUUUCUGUUUCUCCAUAAGUCAUUUAGUGCUACCCUACUCCAUGGGGAGUUAUGGAGUGUGAAGUACUUUGAAAAUGUUGUGCAUGGAUAGAAUGUCAGAACCUUCAAUAAUUUAAGGUGACUGAAACAAAAUACACUUGGAACCUUACUCUGGGUUUUUGUUUGUUUUUUCUGCCUCCCUACAAGUGAGGCAAUAGAAAUUUAUAGUUUGAGAAUACAAUUGCCCCUUGUUUUCUGUCUUAUAAAACACAGCUGAUAUUUAAUACAAUCCAACAACUUCAGACUGGGUUGAAUAAAAAUUUAUUAUUGCCUAAAUUCCAAGUGGAAUUAAACAUAACCACGAAGAUUCCUAACAUUUUCCUUACAUUUAAGGAAAAUCACUUUUUAAAAAAUACUGACUAAUCAGAAUUGUGUUGCUCUCAUUGGAAUAAACUCAUUUGGCUAACUA